CUUAGUCCCAGAGUUGGAGCCGCUGUUGAUGUUGUAGUGGCAUCAUCAGAGAGAGCCGUGCUGGACCAGGAUAAACUCUGACCUCAGCAUCAAGCUGAACAUUUUUCUUCUCCUCCUUCUUCUUUUUGAAACUCCCACUUUACCUUCCCCACUUUGCGCAGACUUUUCAUUCUUGUGGCUGCCGCACUGACUGACCCCGGCCUGCGCCAAAGGAAAAGAGUGACGGAUGGAACUUUAAACUUUUCAUCCCACGGAAACACAGGAGGACACGCUGACUGUGGAGCGAUGCUGUGGAUGUGACUUGACAACAACAACAGUUUCUCAACGCUCGAGUCUCGUGAAGCACAAUGAAAGACGACUUUGCUGAUGAAGAGGAGGUGCAGUCCUUUGGUUACAAGAGGUUUGGUAUUCAGGAGGGUUCGGAGUGCACCAAGUGUAAAAAUGACUGGGCGCUGCGAGCAGCUAUUGCACUGCUCUACGUGCUCUGUGCGCUGCUCACCAUAGCAGUGGCUGUCCUUGGAUACAAAGUGGUCCAGAGAAUGGACAAUGUCACGGAGAGGAUGCAGAAUUAUGGAGGCAAGAUAAAUGCAGUGGAGACAGAUUUAAAGAAACUAGAUGACCAAGCCGGAGAGAAGUCAGUAAAUGCUACCAGUGAAAUCAAAACUUUCAAAUCAGAUCUGGAGGCAUUACAGAGCCAACUGAAUGAUAUUGGACUCAGGUCGACGAAAAACAGGGACAUCCUCGAUGACCUUCGAAUCACAGGAGAUGACAUGCAAAAUGGCCACGUGUCCCUGCAGAGCUUUCUGGAUGGAAAUGUGGCCUCACUGCGUGGACUCAACGAAACGUUGGUCUCCUACAGCAGUGUGAUUGACGACCUCCAGACAGACACUGCGCGGCUCCAGUCGGAGCUACAGGGUCAAGUUAAAGUGCAGAGUCAGACCCAGGUUAGUGUCAGCGCACUAAACAUCACCCAGUCCCAACAACGCAAUCUGCUCAGCACACUGCAGAAGACGGUGGAAGACGCGAGCCAGACAGUGCAGAAACUGAAGAAUGAUUACCAGGGUCUGCAGCAGACAGCGUGGCAGACCCGGGCCGACACGGAGUGGUUAAAGGAAAAGGUGCAGAAUCUCCAAGUGUUGGCUGCAAAUAAUUCUGCCCUGGCCCGGUCCAAUGGAGAAGCUCUGGAUGACUUAGGGGCUCAGCUAAGUACACUAGCCAGCCAGAUCCAGAACACCUCAGCCAUCACUGAGGGACAUGACCAGAGCAUGCGAGAGCUGAUGGACCAGCAGCGGGACCACGACAACACCACUUCCUCGAAGUUCGAUGAGGUGGAAGCUCGGUUAGACAGACACGAGAAUGACAUGGACCGUGUGACAGGGAACGUGAGCUUCGCCACUCACCUCCUCGGCGCCAUUAGCGUCGAUCUGAAUGGACUUAGAUCGUGUGCUGAGACAGUGAUUCAACAUUCAGACCUGUUACUGGGCCUAAACGGUAGCGUGACGGACGCCAGAGCAGAGAGCAAAGAGCUGCGAGUCCAGCAGGACGAGCUGGCGUCCAGGUUGGACAGAGAGGUCAACAACCUGUCCAUGGUGAUGGAGGAGAUGAAGCUGGUGGACAGCAAGCACUCUCAGCUCAUCACCAACUUCACCAUCCUGCAGGGUCCACCGGGUCCAAGGGGCCUCAAGGGAGACAAGGGUCCUCAGGGGCCAGUUGGCCAGACAGGACGAAAGGGUGAUAAAGGAGACAAAGGAAUUCUAGGAUUGGUUGGACCUAAAGGAGAGCAAGGUGCUGCUGGUCUACCAGGCAUGAUAGGUCCAAAGGGUGGAGCUGGACCGCGAGGUAUACCAGGGUCUAAAGGGUCAAGAGGUUCUGGAGGUCGACCUGGAAACUCUGGUGAAAAAGGGGACCCUGGGGCUCCAGGACUUCCAGGUAGGGAUGGACCUCCAGGGGUGCCAGGACCACAGGGGCCACAGGGGCCCAGAGGAGCAGCUGGGCCUGCAGGGUUGGAUGGGCCUCGUGGUCCUGUUGGAUAUAUUGGCCCUCCUGGUCCUCCAGGAUUACCAGGAAUCCCUGCACUUGCACCACCUCUACAUAUAAAGCCUCCUCAGCCAACUGAGGUCCCUGAACUCUUUCCUGAACCAGCAGCGGAACCACAAGGGUCUGUGUCCCGGCAGGUCCAGCUCCCUGUCGCCACCACUCCUGCACCAGGUUGCCCACCUGAGUUCAGGAAGUUUGGAGACAGCUGCUAUUACAUCUCCUCUGCCUCCCAACGACUCAACUUUGAUCAGGCCACUCAGUAUUGCGCUAACGUGUCAUCUCAUAUGCUCAUUAUCAAUGACAAUGAAGAACAGCAAUUUGUGAGAAAUGCAAUUGGAGGAAAAGGCUUCUUCUGGCUGGGCCUCACUGACAGAGAGGAGGAAAAUGUCUGGAAGUGGGUCGACGGGACUGUUCCUGUUUUCAAGAAGUGGAAGCCUGGCCAGCCCGAUAACUGGACCCAUGGUCACGAGGAGGGCGAGGACUGUGCCGGGAAAAGAAAACAACGUGGGAAGGCAAAAUCUGUUGUCGUCAAUACCCCAGCAAUGCCUCUCUUCACGACCAACCCAUUUGACCAAGAUGUUGAGAAAGCAACCAGUGAGAUGAACACAGCUGAGGACUGGGGCCUCAUUCUGGACAUUUGUGAUAAGAUUGGCCAGUCACGCACUGGGCCUAAAGAAUGUCUCCGCUCUAUUAUGAGAAGAGUGAACCAUAAGGAUCCUCAUGUUGCCAUGCAGGCACUUACUCUUCUAGGUGCUUGCGUGUCAAACUGUGGGAAGAUAUUUCACUUGGAGGUCUGCUCGAGAGAGUUUGCCAGUGAAGUCAGUAAUGUCUUAAAUAAGGGUCAUCCCAAGGUGUGUGAGAAACUGAAGGCCCUAAUGGUGGAGUGGGCAGAGGACUUUCGCAGUGAUCCACAACUCAGUCUGAUCUCAGCAAUGAUUAAGAAUCUACGUGAACAGGGUGUUACUUUCCCAGCAGUUGGGUCCCAGGCUGCAGAACAAGCAAAAGCAAGCCCCGCUUUAGUGGCAAAGGAUCCGUCCACUUCAACAAAUAAAAAAGAGGAGGAAGAUUUGGCCAAAGCUAUUGAGCUUUCACUGAAGGAGCAACGUCAGCAGCCGCAGUCAUCUCUGUCAAGCCUUUACCCAAACACCAACCAGCUAUCCUCACACAAAUCAGAUGGCAGAAAAGUCCGCGCCAUCUAUGACUUUGAGGCUGCUGAGGACAACGAGCUCACCUUCAAGUCGGGAGAAAUCAUCACCAUCCUGGACGAUAGUGACCCAAACUGGUGGAAAGGGGAGACGUACCAGGGAAUUGGGCUGUUUCCCUCUAACUUUGUCACUGCUGACCUCACUGCCGAGCCUGAGAUGAUGAAGACGGAGAAGAAGACGGUACAGUUCAGUGAGGAUGUACAGGUGGAGACCAUAGAACCCGAACAAGAGCCUGUAUAUAUAGACGAGGACAAAAUGGACCAGCUCCUGCAGAUGAUCCAGAGUGCAGAUCCCACAGACAACCAGUCAGACAGUGUUGAGUUACUACAGCUUGAAGGUGCUUGCAAUCAAAUGGGGCCCCUCAUUGACCAGAAGUUGGAAGAUAUUGACAGGAAACACUCGGAGCUGUCAGAGCUGAACGUCAAGGUGAUGGAAGCUCUGUCUUUGUACGCCAAGUUGAUGAAUGAGGAUCCAGUCUACGCCAUGUAUGCCAAGCUGCAGAGCCAACAGUACUACAUGCAGCCGCCUGCUAAUGCAGCACAACAGGUCUACCCUGCUCAGCCUGCAUCAGGUUCAUAUGCAAUGAGCGGUACUGCAGGGCAGGGUUACACUAUUCCCAUGGAGCAGCUUCCUGUUGUAAGCACCAUACCUGGUCAGCAUCCUCCCAGUGACGUUCAUAUGUACAUGGGCCAGCCACCGGUCUACACUGCAGCACCAGGCACCAUGGCCCCAGCAGACAUUCAGUCCUACCACAAUCCUGGUCUCGCCCCAGGCACGGCUCCCACAGGCAUGACGCAGGCGCCGAGCUACAGCAACCCCACUGGCCCGAGCAUAGCACCUUCCACAGAUGCCGCACAGGCCCCCUACACACAGAAAGCCCUGCUAUAGGACUCUCGUAGAUCACAAACACAUACAGUACGUUCACCAGACCUAAACAAAUAGUUAUCGAAGAUAAUUUAUUUUAAAUCUAUUUUACGAUUUGUUUUAUCAUGAAAUACGGGAUUGGCGGAAAUGUAAACACCAAGAAUAACCUUGACAUUUGCCAUGCAGUUUUAUUUUAUCUGGCAGAUUUAUCGGUCACUCCAGGCCUCAAAGUGGUCACAAGGUUUUAUUUGAUGAGCUCACCCCAAGUCACACAUUUUCUGAAAAUGGACACUGCUCUUAAAGUUCUGUAUUUUUGGACUCUUGUCCUCCAUGGCAUCACAUGAUUUUGAUGUGCUGACAUGGAGUGGCUUGAUCUUAAAGCAAUGUUGUCCAUUAUAUUGUCUAUUUUUUAUGUACAGGUUUCCUUGUAGUGACAGAACUAUUGGCAAACAAUAUAGAUAUUUGGCUACAGUU